AUGAAUUUCGUUCGCGUGUCUGGUAAAAUUGGUCUGACAAGUCUUUGGAUAUCUUUGGUAUCCUACUUUUUAUCGUUUAUUCUUUAUAUUAUAUCAUUUUCACUUCCUGAUUGGAUUGUUUACACAACAGUUCCGGUUAAAGUUGGCAUAUGGCGUUUAUGUGAUGUGCAAAUCAUCGGUUAUGAUCGUUGCGCUGAUUGGAGCGCUCGUGCAUAUCCUAGUAAUGCAACAAAUACAGCAUUUAUGGGUCCACCGGAUUUUGUUCGGACAAGUCAAUCAUUGGAGGUUGUUGUACUUGUCUUUUACAUUAUCGCAGGCAUUCUACUUCUCAGCGGUCUGUGUCAAAGAUCGAUGGGAAUAUUAUUUUUCGCAUCAUCAAUGUCAAUGCUGAUCACAGUUAUUUUUGCGUCGGCAACUGUUGGUUUAUUUGCUGGUCAAGGCAAAACUACCUAUUUAGGUUAUCUGUCGUUUGCAUGGUGGAUGGCUUUGAUUGCUUUGAUUAUUUCGUUAGUCAGCGUACUUUUCCUACUGGUCCUUUCAUUUUAUAUUCUACCUUUACCUAUGGUGAAUGAAAAUAAAAUGGCUGAUCCAAACGGCAAAAUGUAUUACACAUCACCACCUUAUUCGACAAAUCUCUAUAGUCCACCCGACAUGAAUACGGACUACAUGCAUUAG